GAUACACCCCGCAUGUCUGCACACUGAAAUAAAUGCAGGACAAAUCCAUACACAACAAAUGAACAGACAAAUGAAUGGAUGCAGUAGCCUCCCUGCAAGCUUGUAUACACACAGUAUACAGCACAAACAACAUAAGAGGCCAAAUCAAUUUAAAUUGAAUUUAAAAAAAGCACAUAUUCCUCUGCCACUGCAGGACAUAUUUAACUGAAAGGUAAAGCAUGCAUGUUAACUAAAAUAAUUGAACACAUAUUGGUCCCUGACCAGCCGACCACUGUCGUCAUCAGGGAAGAUGGCAGGAUUGUCCCAGUCCAUGUGUGAUGGCACUCUGGGGGCCCUCUCCUUCCUCAGGCAGGCCACAUUGUGGAGGACAGCACAGGCCAUAGUGAUGUCACAUACCCUUAAAGGGCUGACCCUUAAGUGGUUCAGACAGUGAAAGCGUGCCUUCAGGGGGGCCAAAGGUCAUUUCGAUCCUGGCCCUUGUCCUGGCAUGGGCAUGAUUAUAGGCCUGCUGUGCUUCCUGAGGGUCUAUGUAUGGUGUGAGGAGAAAAAGGCCCCCAGCAACACACCAGAGAAUUCACCUGUCAAUACAAAAUCUCAUCAUCACAACCUCAUACAUAGAGUGACAUUCUUGACACAGCCAUGAUGUGUGUUGGUGGCUCCAACAGUGUGACAGUGCUGCCAGAAACUGCAAGGCAAACCAAAGUCAGAUAGUCCAAAUGGAUUCGAUAUAAAUGUGAUUAUGUCCCAUGCAGAGAUGGAAGAAUGUACCUUGUAUGAAGCGGGUGGCAUCUUGGGAGGGACAUAUGUUUGUGUCUGUCCCCCCAUGGAUCCCCUCCAACACAGGCCUGCCUUUGUUUUGUGCCAAGGCUAUGUCCUCUGCUGGGGUGAGGUCAGCUGAUGGUGACCCACCACCCGUGCCUUGCUUGUGUUUUUUUUUUUUUUUUUUGACUGCUAAAACAGUACAGACAAUGUGAGCAGGCACCUUCUGGGUACAAUGUACACUUGUGCAUUGUUAAGUAUUAGUCAGGGCGCUUACCAUUCUGCAGGAUGUUCUUGUAUUUAAUCUUGACUUGCUGCCAUGUCUGUUUUGGCCCAGUCAUGUUUAAUCUAUACACACACACAAUACAAUACAGCACACAUACAGCUACGUUUUCGGAGAUGUUAAUUAACUAUUGGAUUGUAAUUGUGAUGGUUUCAGCGAAGCAGUGAGUGUGUAUUUGUGCACUACUUACGCAUUCAGGCGGUCUGCAAUACUUUGCCACGCUUUCUCUCGUUGUUUUAUAACUGCGGCGGUGUUGCCUUUCUUUUUUAUUUGAUCCUUUACCUCUUCGUAAACCUCCAUGAGGAUUUCUGCCUCCGACAGGGAAAAGUACGCCGCUCUUGUUGCCAUGGUGAAUCAGUGAAUCUGUGCUCGAUGGCGGGGUCUAUUUGAGGAAGCCGCAUGCGCGCACUGAUCCAGGAUUGGUUUCACCUGGCUUGAUGAAUCCGUGUCUGCUCAUCCUGGCUUGGUCUUUGUGCAACCCAUUAAGCCUGGACGCUCUUGUUUUGGAUUCGUUGAACCCAGCUCAGUCAUUUAUCCUGGAUGUCUGAAUCCUACUUUUGUGAAACGGGCCCCUGAUCACAGCUGUUUGUUUGUUUGUUUGUUUGUUUGUUUGUUUGUUUACAGAUUCGUCACUUCCUGCCACCUGAAAUCCACGAACUCUUCCAAAGGAAACUCAGAGAUCGAGCUCUGCAGGAAAUGCCGAACUUCCGCUGGUGCUCUCAUUGUUCCUUCGGGAUGCUCCAUGAGGCCGACAGGUUGAGGAUGGACUGUCCCAGCUGUAAGAAGAGCACCUGCUGUCAGUGCAGAUCACCUUGGUCUCCCCAACAUCAGGGACUCUCCUGUCACCAGUUCAGAGUCUGGCAGCAGCAAAACCAACCGGACCACCACACCUCCACCACCACCACCCUGCUCAGCUACAACAGCAUCGAGUGUCCAAACUGUCAGUUUGUCUUCAGUCUGUCCAAAGGUGGCUGUCUUCACUUUACCUGCAGUCAGUGUCAGCAUCAGUUCUGUGGAGGCUGCAGUCAGCCCUUCAGUCCUGGAUCUGCAUGCAGGUUCUCUGCUGACUGUGGAACCAAAGGACUUCACGCCCAUCACCCCAGAGACUGUCUGUACCACCUGAGAGACUGGAGCGUGCCCCGCCUACACCUGCUGCUACAGUAUUACAGAGUGUCUCCCACCUGGUUGGAACCAGCCAAUAACAGCUCUGCUGGCAGCAGUCAGACAGGACUGUGUUUGGUUUUGGAGCUCAGAGACGACGGCGGCAGGCGGGAGGAGCCGUGCGGACGACCAGCGCUACCUGAGCACAGAGGAUACUGCCAGAUGCAUUAUAAGGAGCGUUUGGUGGAGCUGAUCAACCGUUGCUGUGCCGACCCAGCGGUCGUCUUCAGCCCGGCAGAGAUGAUGGCAGAGCUGCAGCGUUGGAACGUCGCCACGCCGACCAGGAAACCAGAGGAACCAGAGCCACUGUACACACACCGCCUCCGCCUGACUUUGACCAACAGUGUUCCUCUCAGGAAGCCGCCGAGCUUUCUACUCAAACUCAACGACGACCUCUGACCUCUGCUGCGGCUCCUGGAACUCCGCCUCCUCACCUGCUGGCUGACUCUGCCCACUCCUAACAUGUCAGCUAAUCAGAGGGUUCUGUGUCAGCGCAGUUAUCACUAACGUUAAUGUAAAUGGAGUUCUGAAGGCAAAGUGUACUUCUGGCCACGCCCCCUGUAGUGAUGUCGCACCAGGUGAAGGGUGGUCCUCAUGUGUCUCCAUCCCAGUGACUGAUUGUCUCAGUAGUUGUCAUGGAAACGUAGCCAUACAAACCAAGGGACCAAAGGAAGAGCGAGCAGCCAAUCAGAGCUCAGGCCUGAAGUUCACCUUAAUGACAGCAUUCUGAUAAGCUAACGAUGCUAACAAGGCUCUGCUCAGUGUUUAUCCUCUUGUGUUUGUUAGUGUUAGCGCUUGUUAGCAUGUAUUAGCAUGUGUGAGCAGGACUAACACAUCAUAGUGUUAGUAUAUGUUAGCAGUGUUAGCACUUGUUAGCAUGUAUUAGCAUAUGAUAGCAGGACUAGCACCUGUUAGCCUGUGAUAGCAGUGUUGAUGCAGGUGAAUGACGCAGGUGUGACGACUCCUCUGAACUUAACUUUUUUCUGCACUUUAACUGUUUGAAUAAAAACAAAUGACAUC